CUCUGCUUUCCCAAUUCGAGACCCAGUCUCAGCCCAUGGCGCUUGGGUCUGUCGGAGGAUCCCAUUUGGAAGGCCUUACACAACCUUUUUUUUGUACAAAAUCAGGAUUUGCAAUUGAAUCGAUUAUUUUUCUCCUUCGGGUCUGCGCUUUGCGACAAAUUGAGUCUCCGUGAAUCUGGCUGGCGUGAUCCGGAACCUUGAGCGCAUCACAGAAUAACAUAGCGCAGCCCCGAUCCGCGGCCAGUCUAGGGAAACGCGCGCACCUCGAAACAUCCACACGACCACUUAACAAUCGGGACAAUGUCGAGCCAGCCGCUACUUCAAACCGCACCGGGCAAGCGGAUCGCGCUCCCGACGCGGGUCGAGCCCAAGGUCUUUUUCGCAAACGAGCGAACCUUCCUAUCAUGGCUCAACUUCACCGUCGUUCUGGGCGCCCUCGCCGUCGGCAUGCUCAACUUUGGUGACCGUCCGGCCUUCAUCUCCUCCAUCAUGUUCACGCUGGUCGCCAUGUUCACCAUGGGUUAUGCGUUGUGGCAAUACCAUUGGCGUGCGGCUACCAUCAGGAAGCGGGGCCAGGCAGGAUUCGACGACAGGUUCGGCCCGACUAUGCUGGCCAUCAUCUUGUUCUUGGCCGUCGUGGUCAACUUUGUGCUGAGGGUCACGUAUGACAAGAACAAGAAGGUGUAAACGGUUUACUGCUCGUGCGAUGGAUGGAGUUGGGCGGAAUUGGCUUGGCUUUAUAACCCAGGUUGUUCUUUAUACCUAGAACGCUACGGAACUGUACAAAUACCAGCGACGGGACGAUGCAUGGGUUGGGAAAAAAGCAUGACAUGUUAUAUUUGGAUAUACUGAAUGCUAGGGUGGUGGCAAAAAAGGCAAGUCUGUCGUGUUAAUUAGGUACAGAAGGAUCAUUGUGUUUAUCUGGAACCAGAAAGCCAGAGGCUAGCUGUAGAUGUGUGAGAAAGCCUUGGUUGCCUCAUGUCUCAUUCCGGAUGCCGGGUAUCAUGUCUACGUCCAUUCCUUGAACGCCAAAUGCAAUGCAAAUAUUAAAAGGUUUUCGUC